UAAGAGUGGUCACGUGGUUUCCGAUGGUAUACGGACAGUUUCCUUCCUUUUUCUUCUAAAAAGAACAAAAUUGCGAUAUUUAUAACCCAAACUCACCUAAUGCUCCAUAUCAGUCAAAAGCGUCUCUUGCUUCUUUGAAACACCGCUUUUUAACUUUUUGCGUGAGAUAUUUUUUUUUAAAACUUGGCCCAAAUUUCCUUAUAAAUAAGGCAAUUUAAAUUUCAAUUGAAAUAUUAAUAAUUCAAUGAUAUUGAAGAAUUUUCUUUAGGACUUCCAAGUAAAAUUUCUUUAAUGAAAAAUUCGAACUUACAGCAAACGAUAUUUAAAAAUUUUAAUUUUUUCAAAGUAAUUUAUUUUCUUAAGUAAAAUUUUUUUCUAAAAGUAAAGUUCAUCAGUUUGUAACAUAUAAGAAUGUGUUUCAGUUUUUAAAUUUCAAAACUAUUUUCUAAAAUUUCACCAUGUCUUACUUUAGAGAAAUCUAUCAACUCUGUGAAUCGUGUCGGCAAAUCGUUUGAGUUAUUUCAAAUAUUUUUCUCCUGGAUUCUGAAAAAUAGAUUAAAUCGUUUGAUUAAACUGUUUUAAAACUUUUCAUUAUUAUAUUAAAAUGUUAUAACGAAUAAUGUUUUCAUUAGAACAUGAAAAUUUCAUUUUAACAUUAAAAUGUUAUAUGAGAUUCAAUAUCGUUAAAUUUAAAAACAUGAAUUUAGAUUAUGCUUAUGUAGCUAAUAUGCUCUACAUCUACGUUUAAAAUAAAUCGUUUGCUAACAUUAGAAUGAAAUAAUGUGCCACGAUUGCAUUUCGAAGUGUACGAAAUGCCGUAAGUAUUGCCGGCUUGUGACAACGUUUCUUUUCUCCCACAUUGGUCUAUGUGGUUUGAUAGUUGGCUAUAGUUUAAUUGGUGCAUUCACUUUUGAAGCUUUGGAAGCUAAAUAUGAACAAGUGAAACGUGAAAUAGUAUUUCUAGAAAGAAACAAUACUAUCAAUGACCUGUGGUCUAUCACAGCUAAGUCAAUAGUGCUUUCUGAAAAGAAUUGGUCAAGUUUAGCUACAGAAAUACUCCAGGAUUUUGAGAUAACCAUCGUGAGAGCUGUGAAAAAAGAUGGAUACGAUGGUAAAGAUGAAAGUCCUUUGCAGUGGACAUUUUCUGGAGCAUUACUUUAUUCAAUUAUUGUAAUAACUACCAUUGGUUAUGGAAAUGUCGCACCGAAGACUUCUUGGGGUAAAGUCGUCACUAUCUUCUACGCAAUUAUAGGAAUUCCACUUCUGCUUUUAUGUCUAUCCAAUAUAGGUGAUUCCAUGGCUCAUUCUUUCAAAUUCAUAUACUGGAAAUUGUGUUGCUACUUCUGCAUACGCCCUAAGAAGCGUCGCAAAAAAACUUCAAACAGACCACUCCAUAUAUCGUAUUCAGCACCUAUUAUACACCAAGAAAGCACAAAUGGUAUUUCAAUGCAGCCAGGAUGUGUAUAUCCCGGCGACAGAGACUCUCCAGCCUUAACAUCAAGUGGUACUUAUUAUACUGCACAUUCAAACUCUAAUCCAACUAUAAGCUCUUGUAAAUCUACUCCUUGUCAUCUAAAUCAUGCAAGGAUGGACUCGAAAAAUGAUAAGACUUAUGAUGGGUUCCCGUCCAUGGUGAAUAGCUACGAUGCGUGUAGUCCUCAUAUGCGCAACGUAGAAUUUGCGCCGGUUAUUACAAAUAAAUACGCUUUGCAAGAAGACGUGCAUAUUAACUCUGAACCAUUGAGAAAACACAAGGAACUGCUAUCGUCAGUACCUGCUUUGCUUACAGUGAUGAGUUCAUCGUAUUAUAAAAACUUCGGAUAUGGAAUCAAUAAAUCUGCACCAACUAAAGACAGAGUAUCCUGGAAAGAGGAGCUUCACAACAAAGAAUAUAACGACAACGAUUCUAUGAACAGCUUAUCAACUCAACUAGAGGAUGAAGAAGUCACAGUACCCGUAUGGCUAUGUUUCGCUUUAGUACUGAGCUAUAUUUGCGGAGGAGCAGUACUCUUCACAUUUUGGGAAAAAUGGAACUUUCUAGAUAGUUCAUACUUUUGCUUUGUGACUCUGACCACCAUAGGUUUUGGAGAUCUUGUUCCCGGAACUGCAGUUCUAUCUGAUGAUAACCAGCUGACUUUGGGUCUUUGCUCGUUGUAUUUGCUGUUUGGCAUGGCUUUGUUGGCCAUGUCCUUCAAUUUAGUGCAAGAAGAAGUGACAAGAUCGAUGAGAUGUAUGGGACAAAGGAUUGGCAUUAUUCCCAUGGAUGAAGAUGAUGACUAGCUCGUGAAAUGAUUCGAAGCAUACUACCAAAACUAUGGACUUGAGGAAAAAAAAAUUUGAUUAAUAAAAUAAUAUUGGUAGCUAAGUACGUAUAGAGUUUGUAUUUUUGAGGCCUCCCUGAUAGUCUCAAACGUUUUUUAUUUGAACGUUACAAAUUCAUCCUGUUAUAAUCAACUGGAAGACAUUUUCAAACGUUCACAUUUAAGUUGUUGGAUCUCCAAUCUCUUUGAAAUACAAAUGCUUUUUUUUUUGUGUGUUAAAGGUGAAAUUUUCUAAACACGGCCUCCUUCCAAACAAUAAUCUUUCAAGAUCUAAAAGAAACAGUUAUUCACUGAAAUUUCGUUAAUUUACAAAAUCAAUUAUUGAUAUAUUUUUAAAUUUAAA